UGUACCAAAAUCGUUCCUCAAAACGUCCUCGAGAACGGGGGUCUGGUCCUCCGGGCCGGGAAAGGUGCUGUGCACUGUUAUCGAUAUUAUUGCAUCGUCAAAAAUGCACAACUGGUGGAGGUGAGAAGUGUGUCUUCAGUAAUAAAAAUUGACACUGCAACAAGCGUGAGUGUGAGUGUUCCAGCUUAUAUGCAUCUUCGCUUGAUCGAAUCCAGGGAGCGAUACCGUGAAUAAAAAAUUAUCGGGAGGACAUAGGUGCUUUGGUGUGGAAGCUGUAAAGAAAUACCGAGGAAGUGGUGAGUUCGAUGCCAAGAUCUGAACAGUGAAUGCCCAACUGAACCAAAUCAGAACAACGAGGAAGGUACCACCAGAAAGAGUAACAGCGAGAGACUACCCAGGGAGUCGCCGUGGAGAAAACUCCGGCUGGGCCCGACUAUAUGGAACCAAAACCAACAACGAAGUGAUAAUUAUUAACCAAUUUAUGAGCGUUAUAAAAAAUGUGUGCAUCCACACUGUGUGAGAUCCAGCCAUUAGCCGUCCGCGUUAGUUUAUUGCAUGCGAUCGCGAGCGGGAGAUAUGGCCCAGCGGUUCAUGAAUUUCAAACCUGAUGGAGUGAAAUGCUCGAGCGCAUGUGUAUAGUAACCAGAAAAUACGGUUUGCUAACGUUCCUCUACUGCAGUCUGAUACGGUUGACUUGAAACCCAGCUUCGUAUGCCUUGUUAACAGCAUCCAUAAACAAUAGCUUCGUCGUUGAAACAUUGAUGGAUGCAUGACACCGUUGCUCCCAAUCUCCAAAAAGGCCCCGAGGUAUCCAGACAACACGGGCAACAAGGAAAAAUCUCAACGAAAACAGUAAAUUACCUGAACGUUACCAUAAGGACCCAACGCAUCAUUGAGCUUCCGAUCAUAUUCGUACACUUCGCAAGUCAUUAUUGUGAAAAAGACCUAACAACAUGCAAUCCGAUAUGUUUUUGAUCAAAUUCGAAGAAAACUUUUCGCAAGUUUUAUCAAUAAAAUGUUGUUCCGUACAUAUUCCUCCAUAUCCUCAAUUCGGACUUCCAUAUCAUAGAAGAAAUCAUCAGUAGCGAUUGAUAAACUUGAAUUUUUCAUGUAAUUUUUCAUGUAACUUUAUGUUUAUUAAUUUUCAGCAGCAGCACUAUACAUUACAUACCCCUAGUCUUCAGAUUGUUUUAAUUGAUGAAAAUUGAAGCAUUCCGAUUUUCCUGUACAUAUAGGGUUGGGGACAAAGAAAUGUCGUAUUUCUGAUUGAAAUUUGACGCUUUAUUUAACAUACUUAAAAUUUCCCAAUUUAGGUCAAAUAUGCGCCGUUUUGUUCGCAAACUUGUUGCCUUUUAGAAGGCAACUUCAUUAUCCCCCCCCCCCUUAUAAACCCCCCACCCCCUCCUUAUUUGCAAAAAACUCAGACAGCCAGUUUUCGCAAGCCUCUUUUGAGGCCAACUUAGUAUCACCAAGAGCGUUUUACAUGGACCGUAUAAGAUGAUAAUCCCUUGGAGCCAGGUCCGGACUAUACGGUGGGUGCAAUAGGACAUCCCAUCCGAGCUCCCGUAGCUUCUGGCGGGUCAUCAAAGAUGUGUGAGGCCGAGCGUUGUCCUAGUGGAAAACAACACCAUUCCUAUUGAUCAUUUCUAGCCGCUUCUGGUCAAUCGCCUGCUUCUGAUCAAUCGCCUGCUUCAAACGGUCAAGCUGCUCACAGUAGAGAACCGAGUUGAGGGUCUGGCCAUAGUUGAGCAGCUCAUAGUGGAUGAUUCCCUUCCAAUCCCACCAAACACACAGCAAAACCUUCCUGGCCGUCAAUCCGGGUUUGGCGAUGGUUUGGGCUGGCUCACCGAACUUCGACCACGACUUUUUUCGCUUUAGGUUGUCGUACGUGAUCCAAUUUUCAUUACCAGUCACCAUCUUCUUCAAAAAUGGGUCGAGUUCGUUCCGUUUCAGCAUUGCAUCGUAGGCGUUGAUUCGGUCUAGAAGAUUUUUUUUGCGUUAGUUCGUGUGGCACCCAUACAUCCAGCUUUUUUUAAAAUCCAAUCUUCUGCAAAUGGCUCCAAACGGUUUUAUGGUCUAUACCCAGUUCCUGGCCAAUCGAGCGAGUGCUCACAUGCCGGUCUACUUGGAUGAUUUCAACGAUUUUAUCGGUUUUCACGACGAUUGGCCUACCAGUACGGGGUGUAUCUUCGACAGCGACUACACCAGAACGAAAUCGAUCAAACCAACGCUGUGCUGUGCGAAUCGUUACAGUAUCGGGUCCAAAAAUUACAUGAAUUUUUUCAGCCGCAUUCGUUGCAGUUUUACCUCGCAGGUAGUAAAAAGUAAAAUAUGGCGAAUUUCUUGAUUGGUGGACUCCAUCUUUGACGCGCUAUAACUUGAGACUGAAAAGGACAAUCACAACACUGUCAAAACGACACUUGUAGCACAGAUUGUCGUCUUUAAAUAGCCGUAUAGCGAUAAGUACAACACAAGAUAUGUUUAAGUGCUGCCAUAUAUUGACAAUAUACGACAUUUCUUUUUUCCCAACCCAAUAUGUUCUGCUCAUUUGUGUUCCGCCCUACUCGUACUGUCUAUAAUAAGCAAUAAGUGCAGUGCAGGGAAAAAAGAGAAAUUCAUUCACGAUUCAUAAUUCAUCCAGCCAGUGACCGGACGGCUCCCAAAUGACAUUUCUCAGGGCUGUUACAGUUAGCGUUAGAACCUUAUAAAGAGGCAAAUGAACUGCAAAAAAAAUAAAGCCCCUAUAAACGAAACCAGCAAACAGAAAAACUGCAACAUGUGAACAGACACUGUAGAGAAAGGUAAUAUUACAAUUUAAGUCCCGCACAAACGAAGCGGAUGAUUUGCAUGAUUUAUUAUAUAGAGGCGAAUACAGUAGUUUAAAGUCUAUGUGAUGGAAGAAAUCCAUCAAUUUAUUCUAUCAUCAUCAGCAUCAGCAUCAAAGCAAGAAGCGAUUUUCUUCGCAACAAAGUAAAGUGAUUCGAUUAAAGGGUAUAUUUUCGGGUUUUUUCCGUUAUUUUUAUUUUUUGCUUGGAAUAAUUGGAAUAAUAAAAUGUAUUGAUACAUUAUUCAAAGUAUUGAGCAUCACUAGCCACAACUUUUUCCCAUAUUUCUGGCAAUUUAGGGAUUUUGACGCAAAAGAAGUAUUCACCUUUUGAAUCCAAGAAUGAUUUCGGCUAAUUUUUGAUACCCUGUUCUUAAGUAAAGCGUAUUCCACUGGAAGCGUUCUGCAUCGAUCAAAGCAAACGGUAGUCAGAAAAGGCAAGAUGUGCGCUAUAAGGCGGAGCUUGACAAUUGAGGUGCUCAGAAUGCAAGGGGCGUAAGUGACUUGAUCGAUCUCUCUUCAUCAACUUUUUAUUUAGUCAAUAACUCAACUGCAAAAACGUUCCAAUUCAAGUUUGCUAUAGAAUACGAUAGAUGAGACUCUGGCCUAUCUUCCACAUUGUCAAAUACAGCUGGGAAUGUAUUUGCAGCUAAGUUAUGACCAAAAGAGAGAGUUGAUGAAGAGAAAUCGAUUAAAUCACUUACACUCCUUUCAUUCUAAGCCCCUCAAUUAUUCUCUAGACAAAAACUGUCUUCGACAAAAUUGUUACAUAUGACAAAGCACUCAUUUUGAUGUUGUCGAAAAUAGGGUUGCAAAAAUUUUCGAUGAAAAAAAAAUCUAACUUUCUUAUCUUUAUAGAUAGAGGCAAAUAUGGUUCGAUAAUGUUUUAGCCCCAUUCAUUUUACGUAAAUUUGUAGAACAAAGUUUUUUUCCUAUCUCUUGAAAUAACCGAUAUAGCGCUAAGUUGUGUAGGGUCACCAUAAAAAAAACUCUCUAACUUUUGUAUUUCAAAUUCUACAUACAAACUGUCUUCGAAAGACUUUUAAAACAUACUAAUACAAACAUUUUUCGGUGCAGAGCUUGUCAAUAUAUUUUUGGCUCUAACUUUUAUAUUUCAAACCUUACAUCGCAACCGCUAUAUCGGUUAUUUCAAGAAAUAGAAAAAAAAACCUUGUUCUACAAAUUUGCUUAAAACAACUGAGGCUAAAACAUUGUCGAACCAUAUCUACCUAUAUCUAUAAAGAUAAGGAAGUUAGAUUAUUUGUUUCAUCGAAAACUUUGGUAAUUCUAUUUUUGACAACAUCAAAAUUAUAUGUGAAAACUUUGUCGAAGACAGUUUUUGUCUAGAGAAUAACUGUCGAGCUCUAGAUGCUAAUUUUCACUUAAAUGCACUUCCUGAACCAUUGUGCAUUGUUACAGGUUAAAUACUGUAAUCAUCAUCAGUCAUUGUAUUCUGUAAACAAAAAAUAACAAAUCAUCAACAUUUGAGCAAAAGAGCAAAAGGUUCCGUAAUAGUUCGGUUUAAAUUAAUACGUUUAUUGGAAAAUAAUUUCAUUUCUAAUAUGCCAUAAUUCUCUAAUUUCCUAAUUUGAAUUCUUUGGCUUCAUCUAUUUAAGGCACUACAGAGUAUGUGAAGACAAUAAGUACAAAUUAAAUGGCUUUGAACAAUUUCACAGCUCCGCGUACGAAACAUUAGACUGCACAUUCCUUCCUUUUUUACCUACGCACAUAAAAAUCCUCCGAUCUGCUCAUUCGAUCCUAAAAGCAGCUAAACAUAGAAAAUUUAUGUCCCAACACGGGCUACAUAAUUGUCACGAAUAAAUAAUAUAAACAAACAGUCCCCUGGAGAGACACAUUCGUCGCUCGCUUCCACCUUCGGAAGAUGUGAACGAAGUGUAAGAUUGAAUAUCACUAUUAUCUGUAGCACUCUUUCCUCGGUUUUUUACCAAUGCAUCACGCCGGGUGCUCAGGAGAAAAAAAAAACGACGAAGUUCCUCGUUGAGUGGCGCUUGCAGCAGCCGGCUGGAGGUUCCACAACUUCACGUGGUGAACCAAAAGGAGCUUCCUCAAUUCAUAGAAAUAGGCAGAAAUGCAAGAGGAAACUUUUUCCGAUUAGAUUUAUGAAGCAAUGAUUCUGGCCCGACUGGUGCUAUAAAUUUGAGCCCCACCAAUGAUGGUUUUUUGUUCCAAGAAAUCAUUAUGGUAAACGAUUUCCAGCGAUAUGGUCGAUAUAAGCCUCCGAUAGGGACCUUGAUCUUCACGGGUCCGGAGGAAAACUUUUCUGUGUCAUUACCACACAUGCACCAUGUUCACUGUCAGGUGUGGUGCCAUGUUCUAUUGGACCAUGGGAUGGUAGGUACUGAUCGUGUUGUCCACGAGUCGAAUAAAUUAGCUCGAAACAUGUGGGGUCUCCCUCGGGCUGCUGCCUCUACCCCAGUUCGAGUGAGUUUGCACGUGUUUACACGGUCAAGAGCUAAACGGUUACAAAUCGCUCGGAACAAGCCAAACCGUUUAACUACACGAUCAGUUCACACCAUUCGUGUGCAGACACAGCGAUCCGAUGUUCAAACUGAUUGUACACCGAUAUCUUCCACUCCUUGGAACUACCGAUGGUCAUUUCAUUGUGGAGCAGAAAUUUUUUACCUGAGCUUGAAUAUUCUACUCACCGCAAACUAUAAAUCCCCCCCCCCAGCGAUUAACGGAUCGAGAUAAGAGUUGCAAAUGCAAUAAAAUUUGUAGGUUCUGGAAGAGAAUCUUCAAAACAACCCAUUCCACGAUUUGGCGGUUUUGAAUUACCAUAUAAAUGUCACCUCAUAAACCUUAAGCCCGCUGUCGAUUUGGAAAAGCGUGAAAACUUAAAUCGCAUUUACAAUAUUUUAUGAAAUUUUUCCAUUUCUUUCUUUCAUAAGAGCAAAUUCAACUUCGAAUUCCAUGCCAUAUGCACACCAUUCGCUACACGAUGACAGCUUGUAGGCAACACCUGAAUUCCACGGAGAGAUCUACAAUGUUGUCCAUAAUUUACAGCCGAACAGUGCCUAGAAACGGUCGGUAUCAAUUUCAAUUGGAAAUUAAAAUUCUAAAUUGAGCGCUACUUAAGAACGCUUCGGAAAAUUUUUACAAUCUUGUUGGCGCUGUGUUGCCUCACGCUGCUGCACAAAUAAUAAGUACCGCGUAAAGUAUCGGAUACAAUUACACAAAUUCCAUCAGACGCGCUGAACGUUUUAAGCAUCGUGUUUUUUCGUGUGUUUAUGUACGGAAUUCAACAAGGGGAUAGUGUUUUUUUCAACGGUUGAACGGCGCAUGCCACGCGAACCUUCAUCGCCGCCAAAAAGUGUCACCCAGCAGCUGUCAUGGUAACCGGCCGGGCGGCACAAAGCGCCAAAACGCGUAUUGUUUUGUCGAUCGACAUUCGCGUGGCUGAUGAAUUGCUGUUAAGUACGAGGUAGUGUCACGAUGGGAUUGGACGUCGAAAACUCUAAUUAGUGUAUUAAAAAUAUGUAAACAGCGGCUGCAAUCAAGCAAUAUAGUUUCACAGACAGUUGAAACAUUACAGCCAUUAAAACCCUAACAAUCCCUGUUAGCAAGAUGAACAACGUAAACGUGAUUUUUAAUGUGUCAAAAAACGAGCUCUUCAAGCUACCCGAUAACUUCAAAACGCUCAAUCGGAAGCUCAAAGUUAAUUAUCGUGUCGAGAGCAAUAAGAAUGAUAUCACACCUGAGAUAUUGAAAGCGGCUACAGUAUUCGUCCUUGCCGGGCCUCAGGAAAAGUUUACCGAGACGGAGUUUCAGUACUUGAAGGAUUACCUGAACGAGGGUGGCCGCCUGUUGCUUCUGCUGGGAGAAGGUGGUGAGGUUAACUUCAACACCAAUAUAAACUUCUUACUCGAGGAAUAUGGAAUGACAAUCAACAACGAUGUCGUAGUUCGUCCACAGUACUACAAAUAUUUCCAUCCCAAGGAGGCGCUUAUAAGCGGAGGAAUCGCAAGUGAUACCAUGAACAACAAUGUACUCGAGUUCAGUAAAAGUAUACUGACCUCGUUCGAUUUCAUGGACGACAAGUACAAGGUUGAAUUUGUGUACCCGUUUGGCGCUACGAUGAACAUUAUCCAGCCGUCAAACGUUUUGCUAACCACAGGACCGGUCGUAUAUCCUUUCAAUAGACCCUUGGCCGGAUUCUACCGAAAUGAAUCAAACGGAAAACUCAUUGCCAUUGGCUCUGGUCACAUGUUUCACGACAAAUACAUAUCCAACGAAAUUAAUAUGGCCAUCUGGGACGGCUUUUUCGGUAUGAUACUCGAUGACGACUUCAACUUUAAAUCGUCCGAUUUUAACGACCUGGAGAUAAAUGAUUACGCAAUCAUUCCCGAUACGAUCUAUCUAGCCGAGCAGCCCAAGAUUUGUCUGAUGGAUUCACUCGACUACGACAUUCCCGCCGAUUUCAAGAAGCUAUUUGAUAUGACCCUGUACUCAAUUAACAACGAUCUGUUGCGCGAUGUUAUCAAUACGUAUGAAAAGUUGGAUGUGCAAUAUGAAACGCUCAAGAUCAUCAAACCACAGUUCGAGAUUCCAUUACCACCGGUGCAGCUUGCGGUUUUCCAGCCGAUUUUCAGUGAUCUUGCGGCGCCACCGUUGGAGCUAUUUGAUCUCGAUGAGGCAUUCAGCUCGGAAAAAGUCCAAAUCACCCAGCUCACGAAUAAAUGUCUCUCGCCAGCUUUGGAAGGCUACCGUAAGGAUGGAGUGGAUGAAAAGGAAUUAGGAUACUUCGUUCAAGAGUGUGGUAGGAUUCUGAAGGUCUGCCAGGACGAUCAGCGAAUGUCAGCGAAGGAGAUUUUGAAUGUGGUUUGUGUAAAAAUUGCUCACUAUAAAAAGCUCGAUAAAGAAUAAAGAGAUCGGGCAAAGAAAAUCAAUCUUUUUUACUGACAUCAAUUCUAAGUUCUCUAAGUUCCCUAGUUUCCUUUCCAAUACUUAAAUAUCACCUUGAUCGGAUUUUUUGUAUCGUUUCCCCUUAGUUUCUUAGUUUUCUGUGAUGCUUGUGAUGUGAAGAAGAAAAAGUUUCCACGUUUUUUCUGUAAGAAGGAUUCAUUCUGGACAAGAUUUAAGCUGAUCACGAAAAAGCCAUUUGUUUAUUUCAUGAGUAUAAAUUUUCAAAGUCUAACUCAAGUAAAGUGUGAAUGUAUAAUGUCAAUACAUGCCUUCCUAAUAUACGGCCUCCAUGGAGGCGAUCUGGCGUAGCGCUAACAUCCAUACCCCUCACGCUAAACGUCACGAAUUUAAUUCUCACUCCCGACAUUCUUCCAAAACAUGGAAGUAAAGUGACGAACCAGCCAAAAGGUUGAAAGUCACUAUAAUAGAGAAUAAAAAAAUACGGCCUCCAUUGCUACAAAGAAAAUGUUGUUUGAAAGUUUGACUUACAGAAUGGGCUGCUUCCGAGUUCGUAAACCUGGAUACAAAAGGAACCACCAUAAGCAGAGAUGCAUAUGACAUCAAGGACAUCGAGUCCGAUGGGGAUCAAUCGUUUCACAGUUACCCAUUGAAUGAGGACGUUGCAGAUCCGGACGUUCGAAUGCACCUAUCCCUCGAUUUACACUGAAGAUAGGUUCCCGAUAAAACCGUGUAGAAUGAAAUUUCCGAAUUUGCUAUGUAAAACCGUGUAAAACGAAAUAAACUCUCAAUAUAUACUCAAUUCAAUAAUUUAUUUAAGUAGAACAACAAUAAUGUACUUAUGAAAUUCAAU